GUUUCGUUUUCCAGACUAACAGCUGCUGAUAAUAAAUAGACUGCCUGCAGAGCGACAUUCACAAGUCAAACAUCGCUUCAUCUCAUCUACCAGAAGCUCAUUAAGUAUCUGAUCACCGAACAACAUGAGCAGAUCUACAGACUGGGUUCCUUCCUUGUGGAAGGACACCUUCGACGAAUUGUUGUACGAUGACAAUGAGCUGGACUAUGGAGACCAGUGGAGUCUUAACUUUAACUACAGCCAGACAAAUAUCGUCACCAAAGAGGAGAGGAAAAGAGGCUGGAAGAUCUACAGCCACUGUGCAUAUGGACAUUUUCAGUGUGCGUCCUGCAACAAGAUCUGGCCUUCAGCACGGGUGGUGGUGUUGUUCCGUUACCGGCUGCGGGGUGACCGUGGGACAGUCAUCAUGCGGCCCUUUGGACAGGCCUGUCGCCGUUGCCAAGACGAUGAGUUUGACCUCCCUGGUUUUUCCAAGAAAGAGGUGGAAGAAGCCUUGCUCAGGCUGUUUAGAAAAAUCCGGAAGAAUUGCUACCAAGAUGAGGACGACGACAACGAUGAUGGCUCAUCAGCAAGCUCUACCAAAGUUUGGAGCAAACCUCAUGAGGCGACCCUGUGUGAGGCCUGCAUUAUGGGCAUCUGCUGUCAGGAUGAUUAGAAGUGUGUGUGUGUGUGUGUGUGUGUGUGUGUGUGUGUGUGUGUGUGUGUGUGUGUGUGUGUGUGUGUGUGUGUGUGUGUGUGUUUGUGUUGCAUAAGAGAGAGAUAGAGAGAGAGCAGAGAGAGAGAGAGAGAGAGAUGCAAGGAGAUGUUAUGUGUUAUGUGCUGAUUAGCUGAGAUGCUCCUUUGCAGUCUGCACCUUUUUACCUUUAAGGACCAAUAAUAACAUUGUUCCAGUAUUUGUAAAAUUGUAUGUCUUUUGUAUUGUUGUCACUACUAAUAAAGUCUUAAGUCUGACCACG